CCGUCCCACCCUUCUCCCGCGCGCCAAAAUCAAACUAGUCCGGCUGCAGCGCGCCAGCUGAGUGUGUGUCCCGCGUUUCCCGCGUUUCCCGCGUCUCCCGCGUCUCCCUAAAUUUUCGCAUUCGCUUCUGGUCAGAGCGGCGGCCGCAGCUGAGGAGGCGAGAUGGCCACUCCGCCCAAGAGAAGCUGCCCGUCGCCCGCCGCCGGCGGAGUCCGCAUCAAGAAGAUCGCCAUCGAAGGCAAUAUCGCUGCAGGAAAGUCGACAUUUGUAAAUAUCCUUAAGCAAGUCUCUGAUGAUUGGGAAGUAGUUCCUGAACCUGUUGCCACGUGGUGCAGCGUUCAAAACACUCAAGAUGAAUUUGAGGGACUGACAACUUCUCAGAAAAGUGGUGGAAAUGUGCUUCAGAUGAUGUAUGAAAAACCAGAACGAUGGUCAUUUACCUUCCAAAUCUAUGCCUGCUUAAGCAGAAUACGAGCUCAACUCUGCACUCUCAAUGGGAAGCUGAAAGAGACUGAGAAGCCUGUAGUGUUCUUUGAACGCUCUGUGUACAGUGACAGAUAUGUUUUUGCAUCUAAUUUAUAUGAGUCUGAUUGUAUGAACGAAACAGAAUGGACAAUUUAUCAAGACUGGCAUGACUGGAUGAACAAACAGUUUGGUCAAAGUCUUGAAAUGGAUGGAAUAAUUUAUCUUCGAGCUAUUCCAGAGAAAUGUUUAAAUAGAAUUUACUUGAGGGGAAGAGAAGAAGAACAAGAAAUUCCUCUUGAAUACUUAGAAAAACUACAUCAUAAACAUGAAAGCUGGCUCCAGAAUAGAACACUGAAAACCAACUUUGAUUAUCUACAUGAGAUACCCAUUUUAACACUGGAUGUUAAUGAAGAUUUUAAGGACAAGCAUGAAAAUCUCAUUGAAAAGGUCAAGGAAUUUUUGAGCACUUUAUAAUAUUACAGAAGUCAAUUUACAGCCAGUGAUUGAAGUACUUGAGUUUUCUGCAUUUUCACCUUUGACGUAAUCCCAACUGAAAACGUGAAUCAUGCAUGAACUGUGCAGUGUUUUUUCUUUAGAAAAUCUGUGUAAAAGACGAUGACCACAUUUUUAGCAUCUCGUAACUAUGGAAACCUUUAUGAAAUUAUAUCGCAAAAACAUGACUUCAGUAUGAAUUAAGGUAGUUUUAAACUAUGAUGUUUUUAAAAAAAGCUUGUCUUGAAAUUUUUUAUAUUAUAAUUUUACUAUUCAUUUUAAUAUUAAGGUGAGAGUUCAGUGGAUUAACUAUUUUAAAUGCACUGAUUUUUAUAAAAGAGACUUGGUUUCAAAUUACCAAAAUAUUUUUAAAAUAUCUACAUAUUUUGUGAGUUGUUUUUAUUUUUCAUAAGUUGUUUUGUCUGCUUAGGUUAGAUAUGUACAUUGAGGUUGUAAAUUCAUCAUGAAAUAAAGUUGGAUUUAAAACUUUAUUUUUAAAAAA